AUGUUGUCCAUGCAAAAAAGCUCAGCUUUUGUGUUUACUCCGACGGAACUUGACAGCAGCCACCGUCAUCAAGGCAACUCCACCCGCUCGGGCAGUUUUUCGGAAAACCCCGCUCUCGCCGACUGUCCGUUCAUAGAUGACUCUUCGGUCUCCCAUCGAGCCAGUAUUAGUACCGAUGGCCUUUCUAAUGAGUCUCUCGAAUCCUGGGACGGCGAUGGUCCGUCUGCCAGCUCACCUGUUCCGGAACUGGAGGUGAAGAUCCACGACGUGUCGCAGUCGCUCCACUCGACAUUCCCUUCCACAACAACCGCAACAUUUACUUUCAACAUGGUUACAUCUCACGAAUCUGAUGUCUCUAUGGAUGACGUGACUCCUAAAAUCGAAGAGUUAGACGAUGCGGAUGAGUUGCAGAGUAUAAAACCUUUGGCGGUGGAUCCGAUGGCCAAUGCGAAUUCGGAGGUCACGGCUACUCCCGUCAAUGUUCCACGGAAACGUGGGCGACCUCGCAAACAUCCUCUUCCGAUUCCUGGAGGCCAACUCAAAAUUACCAAAGGUCGUUCCAAGACAGGCUGCAUAACCUGUCGGAGACGAAAGAAGAAAUGCGACGAAACCAAGCCAUCGUAA